AUGACCGUUACUAUACUUCAUGUAAGCGGUCAGAUUGACAUUAUGCGGCACGAUUUGGCCGAAAUUUCCGGCAGUAAAUACAAUUCUAUUACGUCGUUGACCAUUAUUAAAAGCCUGAUUUACAGGCAUCAGAAGAUCAUCGCUCUAUCGGAAAAUAUUGAAAGCUUAUUUACUUAUAUCGCGCUGAUGCAAUUGUUGUGUAACACUUUGGUUAUCUGCUGCGCUGGUUUCGUAAUCAUAAUUUCCGUCGGUACUGACGUAGGUAUGACAAGUAUGUUCAAACUUGUGAGUUUUUAUGUCGCGAUAUCUCUAGAAGCUUUCAUAUUCUGUUACGCCGGGGAAUUUUUGAGCGCCAAGAGUAAGUCGAUAGGCGACGCGAUCUAUGAGUCGCUCUGGUACGGCAUGCCGCCAACCGACAGCCGCAUUUUACUGUUCAUGAUGUUGAGAUCGCAAAAACGGCUGACGAUCAUCGCGGGCAAAAUUGUCGAUUUGACUUUGGAAGGAUUUACGAGCAUCAUGAAAGCUUCUGCCUCCUAUGUGUCGGUAUUAAAUGCGAUGUAUUAACGUCGGAAUGACUUUGUAGAUCACCG